AUCACGUUGCCGUUAUGUGCCCGUGGAUUUAAAAAAAGUGGGAUGGCAGCUCGUUGGGUUUUCUGGGAGUAGCUCGCUGAGACAGACAUGAACUGGGACUCUCAGCUGAGCUCUAUCCUGUCAGUGGCAGAUGGCAGCGUAGCAAAGAUGAGGGAGAGACUGACGUCACCGGGGAAAUUCUCCAAAGGAGAAAAUUUGUUUCCUGCGAGGGAGUGGAUACCUGAUUUCGAUUUGGACCCUCCUGCUCCUCCCCCCCGAGCCCCUCUUCCCCGACAGCCAUCCCCCUCACACAGUUCCGGUGUGCAAUGGGCAGACGUGGAUGCUCUCCAGUCUCAACUACAGAUGCAGAGCCAGGCGAUUGACUCUCUCACCAAGAAACUCCAUGACAUGGAAAAGGAUCGCCUGUCACAACAACGUCACAUCCAGACACUACAAGAUGUCAUCAGGAAGAAAAGAGUGAAACCUCCCAGGAUCCUCACUUCAAUAGGAAGAAUAGUAAUUCUUGCUUACCAAAAGGAGGUUCACAGCUUGCGAGAGGACCUGAGGGAGAGUGAAAGAGAGAGGGACAAACCGCAGAGGGGACAAAGUCCAGGUGCAGAGAGAAUGAUGGAGCAGUGGAGGAGAGAGGUGGGACGUGAGCUGAGCAGUCUGCGGGGACACAUCACCAGAGCCACGUCGCUAGGCAACUUAGAGGAGAGUUUCAACUCAAAGAUUCGCCGAGAGGAGUUGGAACACUUGCGGAGGGAGGUGGACCAGCUGAAAACGCGGUUAAGGCGACAGGAGGAGGACGUGUUCCUCCAGCAGUCAGAGGCCAGAGAGACCAGGAGACAGUACGAACGCAGCUGCAAGACACUGGAGGAGCUAACAGAGAGCUACAGAACUCACAGCACUGAUCUGGCAAAAAACGUUUCUCAGUAUUCACACACACAGCAAGAGGUCCGCCAGAUCAGAAUGGUUGUGUCAGAGCUGAAAGACAAGGUCAGGAGUCUUACCCUUCAAGAACAUGAACCAACACCAUUACUGUCUGUGCACACAUCAGGGGCGUCACCAGUAUCUCUCCCCCACGGACACAGUAGGGGAGUCAGAGUGGAAGAGCCAGACUCUGACUCUGAGGACUUCAGUCUGACCCCGAGCUUGGCUGAGAUCAGCUCAGAUGAUCUUUCAUGGCUAGAUGACAAAGACUCGGCUCUUCCUCAAAAGCCACAAGUACGUCUCAGCGUUCAGUCCAGACGGAGCGAUUUUAGUUGUCCAGGAUCGGACCUGGAGGACAAUGAUGAAAGUGGUGAUGAAGAAGAUCUCCUUGAUUACAAUGUGGACCCAGAUUUAGCAUCUGACCUAAGUCUUAAUGACCUCUGACCUGUUUUAUAAUUUUUGUAUUGAUUCAUUUUGUUUGAUCUGUGUGUUUGUAUGUGAGUGAGAACAUCUGUUGCAAAACCCCAAACUUUAAGAAUAGAAACUGUAUUAGACAACCAGCCAUAUGGUUAAUUUCCUGUGUUGUCCCCAGGGAAGAGGAACACAAUAAAAGAGAGGCAAUAGCAGCAGACUUUGCAGCAGUGGCGGAUACAUAGAACAACAUAUAAUUAUGUCGUCCUACUUCGUGUUGCUCUUUCAGACCUACUUGAGUAUGAUGUGUGAUAAUCCAUUGAUACCAGUGGGGAAAGUACUUUUUUCUUUAGGGGAAUUUUCAAGAAUGUGUAAACAGUUAUUUGUGAGAAUAACAUUAAUGUUAGGGACUCAGAAAAAUCGCGAGGAUCAAACUUUCUUUUUAAACUUGAAAUCUGGAAACCGUUUCAUCCAAAGUGGCACUAAACGCAGCAUGGUAAAACAAACCACCAACAGAUUGAUCAGAUGCUAACUCCUUCACUCUCUUUUUUUAUUUAAAUAUUCAUCAUCAUACUCUCCCCAAGUCUUGUUAGCACAUGACAGUACAAACUGUCCCAAGCAAAAAAGAAUAUCUCUGGGUGAAAAAGUGGUGUCACACUCUUAGAAGACACAGACGAAGAUGUCACGAGAGUUUGUGGUGAAAAGAGCUGACGGCGAUGUCUUGUAACCAAAAUUACAUGAACUCCCCAGCUAAAUGAAUAUGUUUCAUCAUCCCUUUUUGCUGCACCAACUCCAAGAAGUUUUCAUAAUUGUGAAUGUGUCCAAGCAGCGAAUCACCCACUGUGUUGCUUAAGAUAUUCCGGAUCCAAUUCUCCAGAUAUCCUCAGCAGGACAUUUCUGAAAACGGCUUCAGUGGUAGAGGGAAGAAGUCAAACAAUUCACUAAAGCAAAAACAAUUACAUAAAUUAAAAAUGUAGUCAAAUAAAAGAAAACUUACAACAUUAACUUUCUUUUUGAGUACAUGUUAGUAAAUACUUCCUUUUGAAAUAUAUUUUAAGUAUUAAAAAUGUAGGUACUUGCCAAGUGUAGCCUGUUCCUGAAUGCAUUGACCUGUUCUGAAUCCAGUUUAGAUUCCUUCACCACAGAUGCUGCUGCUGAAGGAGGCAGAGUCUAAUGUUGCCUGCCCGCUCUGAUUGGAGCGGUUCCCCUCUCAUUACUAAUUAUUUACUAGUACUUUAAAAAACAAUGUGAACAUUUCACACAUUGCAAAAAAUGGGUUAGCAGAAAGUACAAAUAUUUAAUGAUACAGUAUUUGCUGUGAUGUAAAAGGGAAAAAAGACCUGAAAAUAAAUCUACCUGAGUACAGAUACAUAUAAACGUACUUAAUUACAAUAAUAAUUAAGCAAAUAUAAUUUGUGCAUCCCCCAAUUGAAUUGUGCCCACAUGUACUGACUGGUUGCAUGCAGGAAACGACAGGCAGCUGUUUAAAGAACCAACAUCCUCUUGUGAGAGUUACAUUCAGAAAAGGUCUCCUUUCACGGCCAGGAUGGCAGUGCUUUGUGUCAGCGAAGAAGCAAACACCCUUUGCACCAUGUUGUGUGUUGCUGAUUAUAAAUUAUGGCUCCUACCAGAGUUAGGGGCAGAGGCAUUGGUGGAUAGCAAGCUAAACCACAAGGUUUUGGUUUUAGGCAGGACGAGACUGAAAAUAGUUCUACUUAGGUUUUUAUGAUUACAGAUGGUUGGGUUAGGUAAAGGUUUGAUGUGGUUAAUGUUUCUGACUUUCAUGUGUAUCCAUAACUGCAAUAGGAUCCAUAAGGAAGCCAGUCAUCACUGUGCUUUUGAUUUGAAAAGUGAGGGCUUACAGUAUGCCUAUACUGCCUUAACUCCUUUAAUAACUACAAAUUUAACGUUAAUAUAAUGGCAUAAACAGUUUGUGUUCAGUCAUAAUACAUGUGUUAAGACUCAGUACCUUUUGGCUUUGUGUUAUUCGUGUGCUAUAUGCAGUGCAACACUGUUCAGUGUAGCAGAGUAAUGGAUAUUUAAUGAGUGUUUCUUCCUGACAUAAUGCACUUUUAAGUCCAGAAGGAAACUGAUGACGAUUGUAAUUCCUGGUAAUGCAUCUGAAGUGAGAGCCAAGAGGAACCCAUUAACAUUACAGAGACACACCCACACUACCUCCACUGUGAUGUCUUUACAUAUGCACAACUCAGUUGAGACUGUCAGGAGUCCCCUUUAUGCUGUCUUGUCUGACACGAGUCAAACUGUCCCGGGCUUGCAGGUGGGUGUCAAGCUGUUAAAUAAUUCAGCAUCCAGACAAACCCCCCCCCCCCAUCAGGGAGCGCAGACCACAGCAAGUUAAAUGACAGGCUGGGCUUGUGGACAUGUGACCAGAUACACUUUCCAGCUCAUCCAACCAUUCAGAUUAUUUGUCAUCUUGUCAAAGUAAGCAACAAGAAAAACCUUGUAGAAAACCGUCACUAGCACAGAGCAGUAUUUAAACAAACAUCUCCUAAAAAGCUCUUCUUGUUAAAGAGACAUUUAAUGAAAAGGCUGAUCUGUUUGUGAGUGACUGAUGAAUCUGACUGCACUUUAUUACAUUUGACAAGUAUUGUGCAGUGGGGCUGCAGUACAGCAAUGCACUGAUGCCUUCAUUGUAAAUCUGUAAAAAGAAAUGUUUUGUGUUUUGUCUCCAACAAUAAAACUCUGUAUUUUAACGGAGAGGA